CUCCCCAACGCCGCACCCCCCCCCCCCCCCCCCCGGGCGCGGCCUCCCGUAGGCGCGGCUCCGUCCCGGCCCUGCGCCCGCCGCGCCGCUCGUCCCCCGUCCCAGGCUCAUCUGUUUAGUUCAUCUGGACUGUCAUUACUUGGCAUCUUGUUUAUACAAUCAUCGGAGGAAGUUUUGAUGUUUCAGAACAAUUGCGUUUGGUGUGAUUAACCUUUAAUAGAUGUCCUUCCGCAGCAUUGUGCGUGAUGUAAGGGAUGGACUUGGGAGCUUGUCUCGAAGAGGGUUUGAGGUGAAACUUCUGGGCCACCGCAGAGGGAAAUCUCAUGGUGCUGUCCAUGAGUUGCAUGAUCCAGCUCCGGUGAUCCAGAGCAGUUGCUGGGCUAAUUUGCCCCCUGAAUUGCUUCGAGAUGUAAUCGAGAGGUUGGAGGCCAGUGAAGCCACAUGGCCUAAUAGGAAGAAUGUUGUUUCUUGUGCGGCUGUUUGUCGAACCUGGAGAGAGAUGUGCAAAGAGAUUGUUAAGAAUCCAGAGUUUUCUGGAAAAAUCACUUUUCCUGUGUCCCUCAAGCAGCCUGGGCCUCGAGAUGCAACCAUCCAGUGCUUCAUCAAAAGGGAUAAAUCUACCCAAACGUACUACCUAUAUCUGUGUCUUAGCACAGCUGUGCUUGUUGAAAGUGGCAAGUUCCUCUUAUGCGCAAAACGAACCUCCCGGCCAACCUGUACAGAAUAUACGAUAUUUAUGAACUCUGAAAAUAUAUCUAGAUCAAGCAAAAUGUACAUCGGAAAGCUGAGGUCAAAUCUCCUCGGCACAAAGUUUGCAAUAUAUGAUACCCAGCCUCCAUGCAAUGCAGCACAACCAGGGAAAACAAGCCGUAGGUUCUACUCCAGGAAGGUGUCGCCAAAGGUCUCUUCCAGCACCUAUAACAUAGCACAGGUUUCAUAUGAGCUGAAUGUCUUGGGUACUCGGGGCCCUAGGCGGAUGAACUGUGUUAUGCAUUCCAUCCCUGCCUCAUCCCUUGAGGCUGGUGGCACUGUUCCAUGCCAGCCAGACAGUGUCCUCACCCGCCCCCUUGAUGAGUCAUUUGGCAGCAUUUCCUUCUCCAAGUCAUCUGUUAUGGAUCAUUCCAUGCGUUUCAGCAGCACAAGAUUCUCCGAAGUCUCCAUGGGCAGCCACCGGAUUGGAGACAUGGCAUUGGGUGACAAUGAUGAGUGCAAUGAGAGGCCAUUGAUUCUCCGCAACAAGGCCCCAAGAUGGCACGAGCAGUUGCAAUGCUGGUGCCUCAAUUUUAGGGGCAGAGUAACAGUCGCAUCUGUCAAGAACUUCCAGCUUGUAGCCGCAACACAGCCCUCUGCUGGGGCCCCAACCCCGUCACAGGCUGCCCCAGCACCGCCACCAGAGCAUGAAAAGGUGAUCCUACAAUUUGGGAAGGUGGCCAAGGAUAUGUUCACAAUGGACUACCGUUAUCCACUCUCAGCCUUCCAGGCCUUUGCAAUCUGCCUGAGCAGCUUUGACACCAAGCUGGCCUGCGAAUAAAGCCAUCGUGGCCGAAGAAUCUAUUUCAUGAAGACGGCGGCCCCGAAUUUUGCUGGGCCGCCAUUCUGUUGUAUGUUGUUGAUGCCUUCUUAACUUCCCUAGAAAGCUGUGUUUUAGCCAUUUCCACCUGAUCUACAGCUGCUGCUGUGCUGUCCUGAUUGUUUUGUUUUCAAUAGCUUUAUUCUGUGGAGUAGCAUCUUGGCCUGCCCUUAACUAGUCGGCAGAUUUAAAUUGGUUUUCCAUACUGUUGUAUUAACUGAGUGUGACAUUUUCGUUGUGCCUAAACUCUGACUGUCUGCCUGUGGUGGUGGCAUGCAACUGUGCAUCUUGUAAAAUUCUGAAACGCUUUGUCAUAAAUCAUAGCAAUAAAAGAGUUAGCUUUCAUUUUAUUCCAAAA